AGAAGGCGGCCUUAUCUAGCGUGUGCGCAACACGAUGACAAGAGUAUCGCCCCACCGAACACAUAAAAAGCACCGUCACCAUAAAAAUCGUGACAGGUCUCGUUCACCCCUCAACCAAAUUUCUGACCGGAAUUUAUGCAGGGGAGAUAAGGAGUCUCCUGAUAAUGUCGGACGCACUGGAGUAGAUAUAUCGCUAUCAGUUACUGAAACAAAUGCUCUGCGAGCGAAACUGGGUCUGAGUCCUUUGGAGACUGAAGACACACUCAGAUCAGAGGGAACGGCUGAUAACCAAGCGGAUAAUUAUGUUCAUGCACCAGCUAAGGAUUUAAGAAAGUUGAAAGAGUCUGUUGCCAUCAAAGAAAAGUUGAAUGUCUUGAGGGAGAAGAGGGCGUUGUAUGACAAACUUGGUCAGGAGAAACUCUCCAUACCAAUUGAGCAUGAGUCAGAUGUUCAGUCAUGGGUAGAAAAAAUGCGAGAGAAGGAGCGAAUUCAAAAGCAGGCUUCAGAAAGGGCGAAACUUCUCUCCGAAAUUGAUGACCAGUUGGGUGUUUCCGAGUUUGUUGAGUCAAAAUUGUCCAUUAAUAACAAAAAAUACCAACCUGGAGACCUAGCUGGGUUGCGUGUCGAACACAGUGCUACUCGUUUUGUCGAUGGCCAGUCUGUUAUUUUGACAAUCAAAGAUACAGAUGUUUUGGAUGAUUCUGAGGAUGUCUUGGUCAAUGUAAAUAUGAUUGAUGAUGAAAAAGCGGAUUUAAAUCGGGAAAACUUGAGAAAAACUGCCGGUUUAGCAGGAAUCGAAGAUCAAGAGGACGAAGAUGUGCUCCUUGGUCUACGUUCAAAAACCGUUCUAAGCAAAUACGAUUCAGAGAUAAAUGGGAUUAAGAAAGAUCAAUUUGUCAUAAGUUCUGAUGGAUCAUAUAACACAGAAAAUGAACGCUUAUUGAAGCUGUUACAAGCCGAACUGAAGGAAGGAAGACAAUCUUUACCGGAUACAGAACUUCGCAUAGCUUCUCAAUACUAUACAGCCGAAGAGAUGGCUGCUAAAUUCAAGAGACGUAAACGUCGUGUUAAAACAGUUCGACAAACACUGGCUGCUGAUGAACUUAUGAGCGAAUUACCAGAACAGUUAGCUUCUUCUGAUUUAGGAAAUCGUUCAACACGGAGGAACGAUCAUGUUGAAAAUAAUGAUUCAUCUAUGAGCGAAGUAUAUCCAAAUGAAGAUUUAUCAGCGAUACCUUCGCUUAUAGCUGAUGUUAAAGCCAACUAUGAAGAAGAUUGGUCAGUCAUAAGUCAUGUUGAUGAACCAGAUGAAUUAAGAAGUGAAUUAGAGAAAACUAUUGGUCGAGUUAUACAAUCCAAGUCAAUGGUUGUGACUAAACCUGAGGAGAUUACAUCACAACUGUUGGCGAAAAACACAGCUACUUCUCUUCCCGAUUCAAUGUCACAGUCACUUAGUGGAGAAAAGCCAACAAGUAGUAAGAAAGAUAGUAUUGUAUUCGAUUCUACUGCUGAAUUUUAUAAAUCAAUCGGUAUUGGUUUUCAAGAAAGUAUGAAACGGAAUGCUCAUUACAACCAAUUUUUACAAAAUCAGUCCAAUUUACUGAAUGAUAAUAAUCAUGAAGAUGAUGUUAACAAUGAUCUAAGUUCACCGCCUUCUAGAUUACCAUAUAAAGAAGAAGGCGAAGAAAGUAAACGAGAAAUGGAUUACAAUUCAGAUGAUGAUUAUCGGAUGCAAGAUAAAGAUUAUGAAUUGAAGUAUGGAGAUGACAAGUCUGAAGUAUCAAAAGAUCGAUGGCAUACCGUUGGUGAUGAUAUACUUGGUAAUUCGAGUAAAACUCUACCAAAACCAAUGGUAAAAAAUUCUGGUUUAGAAAAUAUUAAAUCGGAAAAUCCUGAUAUACAGGGCGUUUUAGACGAUGAACCACGUUUAGACAUAGGAGUAUUUUCAGCACUUAGACUAGCUGGAAAGAAGGGAUAUAUUGACAAAGAGAAAGAGAAACGGACUGGAACAGGUACAAUGGUCAAUCUAAUGGCUAAACAUUUUGUUCAAGAAGAUAUACGUUAUGAUGAUAUUGAUGCAAAGUUUUAUAAACGUGAUCGUUACUCUGGACCAUUAUCAGAUUUUAAAGAAUUAACACAUUAUAAACCUGAUAUUAAAUUAGAGUAUGUUGAUGAAUUAGGACGAGAUUUAAGUGCUAAAGAAGCUUUUCGUCAAUUGAGUCAUAAAUUUCAUGGGAAAGGAUCUGGUAAGAAUAAAACACAAAAACGUAUGAAGAAAAUUAAAGAAGAGUUUGUAAGUUAAUGAAAAAAAAAUUUGAUUAUCAUCUAUUUUUCUUUUAUGCUUUGUUUUAUCUGUAUGCUAACAUGUAACUAAGUAGAAGAGCAAAUGAAAUUCUUUUAUCAAUUAUAAUUUUUAACCUUUCAUUACCUUUUCCGUCGAAGACUAUCUCGUAACCUUCUGAUAAUGUUUUGUUGUUGAUGAGAAUGGCUCUCACUCUUUAUUUUAGUGGUACUCUAUGAAAAGUUACUCAGCCAACUUGUCGUUCAUGUAUACAGAGAAACUGGUAUCAAUGACUUUCUAUAUAGUUCUAUGACUAAAUUUCUGCUCUUUGUAACGCUGAAUUUACUUCCUGGUUGUAUAGAUAUAUAGAUUGCCGUAAUAACAAAAUGAAUGCAUAUAAUCUGUGCUUGUAUUUACGUUCGUUAGAAUCAGGCUUAAGUUGAAGGCUCAUGAAAAAAAAUGUGUUACCAAAUAAUCUUAUCAUAUUUCUAUAUUUUUUCUCUCUAAAACUGUGUCGUCCGUUUUGUUACUACUCUUGACGAAUGCCUUCCUAACAUAAGCGUAAUUUGAAUUUGCUAGUUUAUCAGACAACAGACAGAAAAUAUUGACCUCAUAUCAGUACAUUAAGUAGGAAAGCACUCAGAUGAAAGAUGAAGAAAUAAGGAAGAAAAGAAUCAAAGUGAUAGAAAGCCGUGAUAAUAAGAUAACGAGGAACAAGAAAAUAUUGAAUUCAUUAUAUAACAAUGAAGGUAGAGAUUAUGUGUGAAUACUGAGAUAGAUUCUGAACCAUGUCACCUAGAGUUUCCAACCACUGGUUUCUGUUGUCACGAGGACCCCAACCAUAUGUGACCCAGACGAACAGAUGAGGAUUUGAAUGACUAAUGCUAUGAUUUAGUCUUGGCGCCCUAACAUUUUUCCAGCCUAAACUUACUGCAUAUAUCAUUGUGCGGUCAGGCAAACGGUGACUAGACAUGCGUAACAUAUGUCCCAGUUAUGAGUCGAUGAAGGAUGAUAACCUAAUCAACCUACUUCCCUUUCUUCGCUAAAACUCUACUCCUAAAUUGCGCAUUAUUGACGUGCUGGCACCAUGCGCCAUGCAUAAUGCUAUGAAGAAAACGGUGAUCGUCUACGUGUAGCUCUCUCUCUCUCUCUCAUCCCUACCUUUAGCUGUCAUGUUUCAUAACCAUGUAGUAAAAAAGAGAGGACUGUAUUGCAGUACACUCGCCUCGUAAUAGGUAGUCGGAUGCCACAUCGACACCGCGAGUGGCGUAAGAUUUUUGAAGUCAAUCGGAUGUUUUGUUUCUGUGUAUAUUUUGUUGGGCACUGCCCAAUAUUGGAAGACUGACACGACUUCCUAUGUAAGUGAAGUGGCCGACCCGUCGAACUGUUUUACUUCCUACCAUUGGACAAGACACCAAUGAAGGCCAGUUGUGGAGUAAUAGUUUGUGUUCAGGUGGCGAGAAAGGCAUCCCGAACAUUCUGAAAUUGCCACUAUAGGUGUCACGAAGAUUGGAUGUUGUCAGUGUCCUCAUCUAACAGGACUGUAUCAUCUGGAUAGUGUAGAUCUACGAAUGAUAUUGUCUUGUGAUGAGAUAAAUUUGUGUUAAUUCAGAGGACGAGUGGAAUACCAGGAUUAGUGGGUCUAUAAUAGAGUCAAGUUAGAAUGGAGAGAGUGGACAUCCUUGGGCACUAGUCGACGUACCCAACACAUCUAUUAAUUUAUGUUGGGUUGUGGCACACCCACUGUUGUUCGACUACAGAGUCGUCCGGAGUAAUGUACUUACUCAGGAGCUGAAUAGAGUGAGGGAGUUUUGGAAGACCUCUGUAUGGAUGGAGUUGAAUGCCAUUUUGAGAUUGUGAAAUGCAGGCAGUGUUGGGCGUUGGUCCUGGUACCUGGUACGUGGUGAGAAUAAAUGUCUGGUUGAUACACCCAUGAACAAGUCUGAAAGUUGCCUAGUUUUCUUGAGAUGGGCGUUACUGAGCCUGGUUUAGCCGUCCGAUUAUUAUAGAACCUAGAAUCUUAGUCACGAUGUUAGUCAGAUAGGUUCCUCUGUGGUUUUCAUAAGAGGAUUUCUCCUUCUUCUUCAACACUGGUAGAUUCAGUGUUUGAGACUAGUCAGAGUACAUCAUAUUUAACUCCUAUACACUAAUUAACAGUUUGCUUAAUUAAACCACAAAACCCCAGAUACUUUCCUUAGAUGCCUCUGGUUGGGUAGCUACUAGUUAGAAACCAGUUGAGCUGUCCAAUCUAUCGUUUCAUUCAUCUUCUUUGCUAAUGAAUCGCAAACGGCUCCUCCUCUAUUGUAGUCCCAGCAACUAUUGACUUCCGACCAGAGUCCAAAUAACUGUCUACUGUUGCUCCAGCCUUUCCCGUCUCUUUAGCCUUCUAUACCCACCACUGUUUGCGGUUAUCGCAUGGACUGUUUAUCAGUCUGUAUCUAAGUUACUCGCGCUUCCCAUUGUGGUCGGAGCCUACUGGGAUAUGUUCGCAUGCAUCCAUGAAUUCUCAAGAAGCUAGUGAGAUCCACUGGUUAUAUCUUACCACUUUCUGAGAGUUAGCUGCGGUCGUCAACGUUUUUACAUCAGACUGCGGUUGUUACCAGGUUUCUUGUGAAUGAGUGUUGUUCUUAUUAAUAAGUUUAUCAUCAGUUUCUUGCUGGUUGAUACACUAAAACUUCUAACAACAAGACAAUAUCAAAGUGGAACUUUGUAUCCGUUCAUUUUGUCAAGCUUCGUAAGCUUCAAAUCUGUGUUUAUUGACCUAAUGUACAUACCAGAGACUAGAAAGGAGGUGUGAUAUACCUAUCCAAAGAGAGAGAGAGAGUAUGUCGAAAGUCUUGUAUUACUUAAAGCUGCUUACUAGGUCCGAUACAGUUUAAGCUUGGCAAUAACCAUCAUUGUCCACUCUGUCAGCAAUGAUUUCAUUAACUUAUUACCUAUUGUCUAUAAAAUACUCUAUUGUAGCUCCUCAAGGCAAGUACAAGUUCAGAUACUCCGUUGGGAACAGUGAAUAAGCUGAACAAAAAACUCGAAGCUAUUUCAAUGCCGUAUGUGAUUUUAAGUGGGAAAAAUGCAGCCGUAAAGAAGCUUACAAAAUAAUCAAUUUUACUGAUGAAAGUCUCUACUUACAUAACACCCUGAAAAACGGAAGAUACUUUCAUAUGGGCAUAUAUUACCGCCUAAUUCAAACACUUGGAAUCUCUUUAUAAAUUCCUUUUCUCAUAGUAUUCGUUUAUUUUCACCUCCAUGUGUACAGAUGUAAUUAUUAUACUAAUAAAAUGUUAAUUUUAUUUU